GAGGCGCGCCCAAGAUGGCGGCCUCCAUGUGCGACGUGUUCUCUUUCUGCGUGGGCGUGGCGGGCCAGGCCCGGAGCGCCGUGGAAGUCCGUUUUGUGAGCAGCGCCAAGGGAAAGGGACUGUUUGCUACACAGCUGAUCCGGAAGGGAGAGACCAUCUUCGUAGAAAGGCCCCUGGUGGCUGCACAGUUUCUCUGGAAUGCACUUUAUCGGUACCGAGCCUGUGACCACUGCCUACGGGCACUGGAGAAGGCAGAGGAGAAUGCCCAGAGGCUGACUGGGAAGCCAGGCCAGGUUCUGCCUCAUCCAGAGUUAUGCACUGUGCGCAAGGAUCUCCACCAGAACUGUCCCCACUGCCAGGUAAUGUACUGCAGUGCGGAAUGUCAGCUGGCAGCUGCGGAACAAUACCACCGGGUCCUGUGCCCAGGUCCCUCCCAGGAUGACCCCCUGCAUCCUCUCAAUAAGCUGCAGGAAGCAUGGAGGAGUAUUCACUACCCCCCUGAGACUGCAAGCAUCAUGCUAAUGGCCCGGAUGGUGGCCACAGUAAAGCAGGCAAAGGACAAGGACCGUUGGAUCAGGCUCUUCUCCCAGUUCUGUAACAAAACAGCCAACGAGGAAGAGGAAAUUGUCCACAAACUCCUGGGGGACAAAUUCAAGGGCCAACUGGAAUUUCUGCGGAAACUCUUCACAGAAGCCCUUUAUGAGGAAGCACUUAGCCAGUGGUUCACUCCAGAUGGAUUUCGGUCUCUCUUUGCUCUUGUUGGGACAAAUGGCCAAGGAAUUGGGACCAGCUCCCUGAGCCAGUGGGUCCAUGCCUGUGAUGCUCUGGAGCUGAAGCCUCAGGACCGCGAGCAGCUGGACGCCUUCAUUGACCAGCUGUACAAGGACAUCGAGGCAGCAACUGGCGAGUUCCUUAACUGUGAAGGAUCUGGCCUCUUUGUGCUUCAGAGCUGCUGCAACCACAGCUGUGUCCCUAAUGCAGAGACUUCCUUCCCAGAAAACAACUUCCUUUUGCAUGUGACCGCCCUGGAGGAUAUUAAGCCAGGAGAGGAAAUCUGUAUCAGCUAUCUAGACUGCUGUCAGCGGGAGCGUAGCCGCCACAGCCGCCACAAGAUCCUCAGGGAGAAUUAUCUGUUUGUCUGUUCCUGCCCCAAAUGCCUGGCAGAGGCUGAUGAACCCAACGUGACCUCAGAGGAGGAGGAAGAAGAGGAGGAGGAAGGAGAACCAGAAGAUGCAGAGCUAGGGGAUGAGAUGACUGAUGUGUGAUUUGUUCUGUCCAGAAGUGGCCCUGCCCCAGAUCCUGCUGGGAUAGGAGGUCCUUCCCCAAGACAAGAGGCUUGGAAGGAACCCCCCCCCCCCGACUCCCAUUGCCUGCUUUCCCCCUUCCAGUGCUCGCUGCCUGAGGGUAGGACAGAGACUGGACCCCAUGUCCCCCACUAGACCUCAUGCCCUGAACACUGCUGCUGAGUUGGCUCAGGCCCCUUGCUGUCACUGAGCCUUCCAGAACCGGCCUCCCCCGAGGUCACUCCACUGUAGAUGUGAGGGGCUGGAACCAGGGUCAGGCCCUAACAGUGUCUCUUCUCCUUGGCCCCUUGGUCUAUACUCAUCCACUCACCUGAGGCUUUUUCCCUCUCAAUUGGCUAUUAUUUUGAGGGGGUAAAAAGUGGUAAAUGAGCACAGAUGAUGUCACUGAAAUGGAAAGAGGAGGUACCCCACUGUCCUUGCUCCACCUGCCACAGCUAUAGUUGAUAAGACAAUGGUUUGCCCGCUAGCCCAAUAGGGUAAGGCAAGGGUCUGGACCUCUAGAGCAUUUUCCCUGAGGCCCACUCCCAGGGAACACUGGGAAUCUGCCACCCCUGCCCCUCACACACAUAUACCCUUCCCACUGUUUGGAUAUCAGGGGAAGUGGAGAUUAACUCCUUUCCAGACCCCAGAAUCUCUGUACCUCGUGCCUUUCCUCUCAUGCCCUGGCACAGUGCUGGCCCCAUGGGGUAUGGGGAAAGCCUCUGCCUUCCUUAGGAGGGGUGCAUGGAUGAUCAUCACCCUUUCCCGCUGAGGACUCUAGCAGUAUGGCUGACAGGUCUAUGUUCCUUAAUUUAGAAUGUUCUAGUCUUCCCUGGGGCCAGUUAAAAUGGGUCAGUGAAGGGCUCUCCUGGCCUCAGUCUCCAUCUUUAGGAUCUCUACAGAAGAACAUUGAAGUCUUCCAGAAAUGUAGAGGAGCUAGGUUAGAUGCUCAGAGAUUAGCUGACUGUCCCCUCCUUUUCCCAGAUGAGCACUCUCACUUUUGGGUAAGGUGCUGGAGGAAUUACAUCCAUCAUUCCCAAUUCCUUCCUGCCUACCUUCUGUGAGGUCCUGUCAUAUCCCCCAGCUGAGGGAUCUCAGGGAGGGCAGGUUCCACCCACAGGACAUUUAUUGAUUGGAUCAUGGAGUUAGGUUGAACCUGCCUGUCUGGCCCCCUCACCUAUUGGGUUCUUACUCCUUCACAGCAGCCAGCAACCCUUUCCCAUCCUGCCUGCCCACUGUCCUCAAUAAAACAUGAGUGGUGACAGGCCUCUA